GGGCUUUCUUCCACUCUCUCAUUACCUUCAGCAGGAAAAAUGGCGUCCACCGCUAGUACAGGUGUUGAAACGGCUACAACGGUUCCACCUCAAAAUCCAUCCGUCAGACAACGAGUAAAUGAUUUCUGUACCUUUGUGUAUAAUGCUGAGGAGGGGCAAGUUCUCGGAAGAACUGGGAAAAGCUGGGCCCAGAUUGGUGUUUUCUACCUGAUUUAUUACUCCUGUCUGUCGGCUUUCUUUGCUGGUAUGAUGGCUAUCUUCUACCAGACCUUGGACUGGAACUACCCCCGCCUCCAGGGGCCGGAUACCCUCCUCAAACAAAACCCCGGGCUUGGAUUCCGUCCUAUUCCUGAUGUACAGACAACUUUGGUCCGAUUCGUAAAAGCUGACGCCUCCACAUACUCACCCUACACAGACCACAUACAGGCCUACCUGGAAUAUUACGAGAACCAGAACCUGGGUCCUCAGGAUGGAGGUACCGUAGCUGACUGUGACUCAGUGACUGGACGGCGGCCGGAGAAGGACUGGGAUAAGGCCUGUCGAUUCGAUCUGACUGCUAACCUUGGAGCAGAUUGUGUCAAGCAACAGACAUUUGGCUUUGAUGAUGGAAUGCCAUGUAUUCUAUUGAAGCUCAACAAGAUCUUUGACUGGCAGCCUGAGUCCUACACAAACAGUACAGUCCCAGCAGAGAUUGCCGAUCUUUGGGAGCCCUAUCAUAUCACAGUCAAGUGUGAGGGAGAGAACCCUGCUGAUAAUGACAACAUUGGACCCAUUGAAUACUACCCACAAGGUGGAUUCCAUUUUAAAUAUUUCCCAUUCCUUAACCAGCAAGUGUACCGCUCCCCCUUGGUGAUGGCUCGAUUCGUUAAACCCAUGCCGGGAGUCCUUGUGAUGGUGCAAUGUAAAGCUUAUGCCAGAAACAUCCGACACAAUGUCCUGGAGAAGGCUGGCAUGGUCCACUUUGAAUUGUUGGUGGAUUAACCUGUUGCAUGUUCUAGGAAACUUAACUAAUUUUUUUUCUCACACCAAUCAGUGUUGCAGGGGUGGCUAUUAAUAAAAUGGAUGUGUUUUUUUGGAGGAACCUUAUGUUUGAAGGUAAUAGAGAGAAGAUACCAUAGGGAAAAGGUCAGAAGGCCACCAGGGAAAACGGGGAAUAACUUUAUCUGGAGAAAUUUUAAUGGAAUUAAGGGCUUAAUUAGUAACUACAAAUUUUCUUUAUUGUUCUGAGAACAAGUCUUUCUUAUCUGUGAUGUUUAAUUAGCUACCCUAAAUAUAACAGAUAGGAUAGAAUUUUUAUUAUUCCUCUGAUGUUUUUGUUACAUUCCCCUAAAAAGGUUAUUAUAAAAACAUAUAUUCAGGACAAACCUUGUAUAUAUAACUGUAAUAUAAUUAUUUUUUUGUAUACAUGUUGCUUAAAUUCACUAUGAUUGGGAUAUUAGUAUUGCUUUCAAAUAUGAACUUUUGAAUUAAAAUAUUCAUAAUUGCAAUACACAUUACAAGAGAUUAAAGUCAUAAGUUAAAUCUGUAUUAAAAGUAUUGAAAUGGAAAUCUCAGUUCAUCUAGUUUCAUUAGCUACCAUCACAUUGCAUCCUCUGCAUCAAUGGCUUAGUUUUAACAAUUUUUGUAUGUUUGCCAUUUUUUUUAAUGUGUGAAUGGAAGUUUCUUUUUGUGUUGCGAGAAGAAUGUUGGAUGUGUGCAAUCAAUUGUUUCAAGUAUUUGUUGAUAGUACAUUUAACAGAACGGUAUGCAAAUUUUUAUAUAUAUUUUUUUUUUUUUGAAAUGUGAGUGAAGUAUGAACUGCCAGCUGACAACUAGUUAUUUUUAUGCGUUGGAAAAAAUAAAGUGGACCAUCUCGGAAACAUGUCACAUGUUCUCUGUCCAAAAACUUGGGGCUUUGUUUUGGGACCGUGAGCAUUUUGACUUGCCUGCCAUGAAAAUUGUUACCAAUGGUUAGUGAAAUUGUUAGAAUGGUUUCAUUUGGCAUUAAUAAUAGUAACUGUAGGAAUCGGGACUUACACGACCUAAAAAUGAUUUUUUAAAAAAUAAAAGGAUCUGAAAUUUUA